AUGACACAGCAGCAAGAAAAUCCAAUAUAUUGGGAUCAGAGCGCUACUCGCUGGAACCUGACGCUCAUUUUCUCAUUGGUGGUGGCAGUCCUCGGUAUCGUUAUGACACAACCCUUGCUGAUAAUUCUCGGCUUGGGAAUGGCGAUCUACAGCUGGCUCACCACACCUCGGCAGUUCCUCCUCUAUCGCGAUUCCAUGGUGAUUGUCUAUGGAAUGCCGCGGACAAGAGUCAUUUCGUUUGCCGAGAUUUCGCACAUUGAGUUGCUGGCUUUGCCCUUGGGCGAGAGGUUGCGCAUAAGGCUGAUUUCGGGUGGCAGGGUAAUGCUGAUGAUGCGUGACCCGGGAGCCUUUCGCGGGCACCUUGAGGACGCCUUGGCCCGCUACCACGGGGAACAGAGUGGCACCUCUUUCGCAGAAGGCACUGUGCUCGACCGUAGCGAGGAGCCCGAAUACUACGAACAGGUUGAGGCCGAAUCUGUAGCGGUGGUUGAGCCUGAAGAAGUGCUCGAAGUCAGCGAGACCGCAACUGCUGCGGAUACGGCGGGCUCCUAUUCGGAAGCAGAAGAAGAACCCGAUCCUGCGACAGCGGAGACAUACUCCGGAUAUGUGGAGGAAGCCUCCAGCACCUCCGGCAGUUACACAGAAACUGCACAGCCCGAUUUCUCAGGGGAAGGACGCUCUGCUUUCAGUGCAGACACGGAGUUCGACGCGAGCAGCAGCGAAGAGGACGACACACCUGAGCGCCCGCGAAGUCCCUACUAA